AACCUCAAAAGUUCACUAAGGUGGUAGAUCUCACAUAUUUUGUGACAACCUGCGUGUAUUUUCUCAUGGCGUGUUGUGGCUACCUUAUGUUUGGUCUAACAACUAUGCAAGAGGUCACUCAAAAUAUCAUGGUCACUAAAGGGUAUUGGAAGUUUCUCAAUCAAUUUGUCGUGUGGCUUGUGGCUAUCAAUCCAAUCGCCAAGUACGCGCUUAUAAUUAAUCCCAUUAAUUUGACACUGGAAAUUUCUUAUCAUUCCAUUCCAUGGCUUGAAAAUUGGUUCAACAAUGGACGUGGUCGACGCUCCGGAACAAGAAUUCUGACGCGCAUGUUGGUAUCACUACUGGUGGUCCUAAUUGCAAUUCAAUUCCCUGGAUUUGACCGUGUGAUGGGAAUUUUGGGUUCUUUCUUCUCCUAUACCAUUUCGGCCAUAUUCCCUU